AUGUUAGGCUUAGGAAAAUUAAAUUUAAUUCCAGGAGAAAGAAAAAAGGAGGAAUUUAAUGAAGAAACAAGAGUAGAGUUACAAAAAAAACUUGAUGAGGUGGUUGCAAUUUUAAAAAGUGAAAUUUCUUCAUAUUAUUUAUAUAAAGAUAUUUCAGCAAGAGUUAAAACUGUAGAGUCUGCAAAUAGAAAAUUAAUUACAAGAAAAAUAGACAGUUGGAGAGAAUUAUCCGAUUAUUGUGGUGCUGCAAUCAUCAUACACCCACUUAAAACUACAGAAGAGGUAAUGGAGAUUUUAAGAAAUCUACAUAAAACAAAUGAGAAAUGCAAAAACUUUAAAAUUGUUCAAGAGGAAAUCAAAGGUCCAAAAGAUUCAUCACAGUUUGCAUAUAGGGCAAUACAUUGCGAUGCUCUAUAUGGUGAUUGCAAAAUUGAAAUCCAAGUUAGAACCUGUUACCAAGACAUAUGGAACUGUAUCAGCCAUCAAGCUUAUGAAUUACAACGUCUAAAAGGUUAUGAUCAAGCUCACAGUUUACCAAGAGAGUUACACCAAAUAUCAUCACUCUUGGAAAUAUCAGAAGAAAUCUGUUCAUCUACCAUUAGACAACACGGAAAAGAAGUACCAGAUGUAGGCGACACCAUUGAUGAUACUGAUGAACUUAAAUUACUUAUUGCAAAAAAACUAAAAUACAAUGGACCAAUAAACGAUUGGGAAUUUAAUGUAGCAUAUGAGGCUUUAAAAUCAAAAAACAAAAUCAAAACUGAAGAAGUAGAAAGAGAAUGGAAAGAAUUUGCCUCAAAAUUAAAAGGAAAUGAUCACAAUAACCUCAUUUUUAAAUUUUCAGAAUAUAUUAUUUUGGGUCAAAGCUUUGAUCCAAACUCCCCAUCAAACACCAAGUUGAUUGUUGAUGUCUUAAAUAGAUUUGAAAAAGUCUUAAACAUCAGAUCAUUAUUGGGAUAA